AUGUACUUCAAAAUUUCAUGUUUCUUCGGCAGCAAGCGCCACCCCAAAAAGAAACUGCCGCCGCCACCGGAAAAUGAAAUCCCAAUACCACCAUCUACACCGCCGCCUGAGCCACUGGCAGAAUCAACACCACCAUCUCCGCCCCCGCCUGAGCCAACAGAAACACCUCCGCCACCGCCUGAGCCAACAGAAACGCCGCUGCCUGAGCCAACAGAAUCAUCGCCGCCUGAGCCAACAGAAACACCGCCGCCUGAGCCAACAGAACCACCGCCGCCACCAUCUUCGCCGCCGCCUGAGCCAACAGAAUCAUCGCCGCCUGAACCAACAGAAACGCCGCCGCCUGAGCCAACAGAACCACCGCCACCACCAUCUACGCCGCCGCCUGAACCAACAGAAACAACGGCACCGGAAUCACCGCCAUCUGCGUGGGCGCCUAAUCCAACGGUAAGACCGUGGCCAUCGGAAUAUUCCGGAUAUGACUAUUCAUCAUAUGAUUAUGAUCAUCGCUAUACAUCGUAUGAUUAUGAUCAUCGGAAUUCAUCGUAUGAUUAUGAUUCGCGGAAUUCAUCGUAUGAUUAUGAUGGGCUGUAUUCGUAUCAGCCGCAGCCGCUGCCGCAGUCGCAGCGCUAUCCGUAUCACGGCUACUCCUGCGAAGAAGAUCCCAACGCCUGCAUUAGUCAAUAG